AAUCACACUUGCCAAACUUCUGCUGAAACAUAAGUACUCAGUACAAAUGAAACAGACUUUUUCCCGUCGAUCAUUGCACACGACGAUGUUCAUAACUUGCAUGAAAUCGUUGUGCUGUUGUACGCAACACAACAUCUAAGAGCGAGGCAAAGCUCAUGUUCCGCCACACCAAUACAAGAGCGAGUGGCUUAAGCGACGCUAGCUUGAGUGGUCACUCAUGCGCGAGGAAAAUAAAGAAGCCAGGUUUCGUGGAAGAAUCGCGAGAAUUAGCUGACUCAACCUUGAAACAAAGAGCGGACAAUUAUGACUUGUUUAGCUGUAGGACUGGGGGUCUGGGGAAAUUCGCGGUUCAAAAAGAACCUUAUUGGCUUCGGCAAAUAUUGUUCUCCUGGAGGAAAGGGUUAAUUGUUUGAAGCAACCGUCAUACUUUUUGCUCGUUCACUUUGACCCAAUCUGUGGAAGAGGCAGGAGUGCGAUUUUGAAAUCGCGUCGCGGUGUGUUUUUGAAUUGUUGCUUUUUUGUAUAGGGAAAAUUAACGAAGAAAUUCAAAUUUACCAAGGUUUCGUUAAGUGUCUGUGCUUUGAAAUAAAGCUCCAAAAGCCGUUCGACGGCGGUUUAUUUAGGGUUGAUUUCCUGAGAACCAACACAUCCUUCGAGGCUCGGCACACCGCAGAGGACAACGUGACGCACUGCUGACCCCACGAUCUGGAGUCAAAGUUCCCGACAAAGCCAUUUCCGUCGGAAGGGAGUGCUACGCUAUAACAGCACUCCGGGCAGAGCCAGUUUGAAUUCAAACCAGCGAUUGCUGCGCUAUCGGAAAGUGAUCGGGCGUGAGUUUUGGUGUCCCGUGAAUCAGUGAACCGAUGUUUGUGAAUUAGAGUUGUGAAUUUACACGAAACAAAUAGCGAGUGAUUAUUACUGUGAAAAAAUCUCCGGUGACAAUUCCGGUGCAAUUGUAUUGUGUUCAAAGUGGUCCGCAAAACGGUUCAAAGUGGCCGCGGAAAAGAAAAACGCUGGUGAGCUGAGCACCACCAGCCCACCGAAAACGCCAUCUCCAUCGCGGAGGAGUUCAGUCUCGCCGCCACCACCGCAGCCCAGGAUUGCGUCCAGCGGCGGCCAAACGAUCCUCGGAGACAUAAUGGGUCCGACGGCCGCUACCACCGCCAACACCCCACCGAUGCUGAACUGGGCGCCCAUCCUGUUUCCAUCGGCGUGGAAUCCGGCCCUACUUCCGGCGUUCUAUCCAGCCGCCCUGCGAUCACUGCCAGGACUGUUGGACAAUAUGAAACUGCCCCCGUCCCAGCGAUCGACCGGUAACAGCGGCUCCGGUUUCCACAUAAGCGACAUUCUUGGCCACAAAGACAAACAGGAGAAGCAGCUCGUGGUGGACGAUGAGAACACCAGCGAGGAGGGACUCAUCCCGACGACAGUCCGUCAUCAUCAUCACCAUCAUCCGAACGGCGCGGCGGCGGCUGCAAUGGACACCGAUAGCAACAAUGGCAAUAUGACCCCGGCAAACAGUGACGACGACAGCAGCAGUCACAGUCGCCACCAGGCAAACCGAUCGAUCGACGAUUCCUCUCAUCAGCAUGAACCGCUGUCCUCGCCGGAACUGCUACUGGAUAGCAAAGCGAACCUGCGGUCCGCCCUGGCGGAGGAUCUGCACGCCCGCUUCACCGCCCUGCCCGUGUACCCGCAUCAUCCACACCACCCGCUCUUUCCGGCUGCGACGCGCCCCUGGCUGUACGAGACAUGCAGCUCCCUUAAUGCAUCACACCAGCAACAGCAACAGCGGCUCGCACAGCAGGUUAGCCCGGACAGCACCUCACCUGUCCACUCGGAGCAGUCCUACCACGGGUUGGGAGGAUCCUCGCGAAGUGGGCUCAGCGGAGGACAAUGUCCACGGACGCCCAGCCCAACGGAUAGCGAUGGGCAGCAGCACUUGAACGCCGAUGGCAACACGGAACACUCGGACGAUGUGGACAUCGAGGAGGGUUGCGACGAGGAGAUCGAUAUGAUUGACGACGGGGAUGAUAAUCCCGCCGAUCGGUUGUCGAAUGGGAUCGGCCACAAAAAGCGGAAACGACGGGUGCUCUUCUCGAAGGCUCAAACCUACGAACUGGAGCGUCGCUUCCGCCAGCAGAGAUACCUAUCCGCGCCGGAGCGAGAGCAUCUCGCUUCGUUGAUUCGACUGACCCCAACCCAGGUGAAGAUCUGGUUCCAGAACCAUCGCUACAAGACCAAGCGUGCGGCGCACGAGAAGGGAUCCAUGGAUGUUGGGCCGCACCAGGCGGGAGGUUUGCCAUCGCCCCGACGGGUGGCGGUUCCGGUGUUGGUGAGAGACGGUAAACCGUGUCUCGCUGGAAGCAAACCCCACGAUAUGAUGGCCGCGGUUCAGACAGCAGCUCACCUUCAGCUGCCACCCGGAUUCCAGCAUGCCAGCCUACUGCAUCACGCUGCCGCGGCCAGAUGGUGGCCCUAGUCACUUUUCUCCGAGCGCUCAUCCUGUUGUAAAUAGUGUCCAAGUUGCAUCUCGUCUCCGUCACUCGUCUGGUGCACAAAUUAGUUGAAUUCGGGUCAUCGGAUCAUUUAGUGUUGUAAAUGUAAAUCAAAAUCGCAGAUUUUAGUGAACAGUUUUUAGGAAAUAGAAAGCCAGAGGUCUAUUAUUUAAUUAUUGUAGUUAAUUUAUAAGCAUAGUUAUCACUACGAGUCGCCGAAGAUCAAACCGUAAAUCUCACAUCCAACUAAUUGUAAACAAGAAUAGUUCAAUCCCCUACCGUCUGCUAGGUCGAAUCCCAUAAAAUACUAUCACCCCGAAAGCAGAAUCAUUCUACUCUCAAGCAUAUAUAAGUAUGUGAUACAAUGUACA